CAAACCCCUCUUAUGUUCUUCAACAGUCUUAGUUUUCCAUUUGUGCUCUCAAAUCUGGCUCAUCACAAGUCUUGAAGUUUCAGCCUGUGUAGACACUGUUUUCUCAGUUAGUUCUCCUUUUAUCCAGCAUUUUGUUUUCACUCUAUUUAAGAACACAUUUGCUGAGGAUCUUUCUCUCUUCAACACUUGUGUGCGAUCACUAGUUCUACAGCAGCUUCUCCAAUAGCUGUUGUUCUUAUGACGAUUAUGCAAAGAAGAAUCGAAAAUAAGCGAUCAACCGCAGGGGAGUUUAGUACGGGCAAUCAGCAUGAUUCUCCAAUCCUGCAACUAAAGCUCUAUGGGCCACCCAUGGCGUCAAAUCUCAAGCAGGUCUGGGUUCCCGGCCCCCUGAUCGUAGGAGCUGGACCUUCAGGUCUUGCCACAGCUGCGUGCCUCAAAGACAGAGGUGUCCCUUCUCUGAUACUCGAGAAAGAGACUUGCAUCGCCCCUUCGUGGAAGCUCAGGACCUACGAGCGCCUGAGGCUUCAUCUCCCCAGGCAGUACUGCGAGCUCCCCUUCAUGGCCUUCCCACCAGACUUGCCGACGUACCCCACCAAGCAGCAGUUCGUAAGCUACUUGGAUGCCUACGUCGAACACUUCGACAUCAAACCAUUGUUCGGCGUGGAGGUUGGGCACGCCGAGUAUGAUCCGAGCACUGGGUUCUGGCGAGUGCAGACGAACGACUUGGAGUUCAUAUGCCGGUGGCUCGUCGUUGCGGCGGGGGAGAAUGCAGAGGCUGUGUGGCCAGAUAUCCGCGGGAUCUCAAAGUUUCGUGGACGGGUGCUGCACACCAGCUGCUACGUGAAGGGAGAUGACCACCGGGGAGAGAAGGUUUUGGUGGUGGGCUGUGGCAAUUCAGGCAUGGAGGUUGCUUUGGACCUCUGUUACAAUGAUGCUAAGGUUUCCAUGGUGGUUAGAGAUAAGUUGCACAUCUUGCCGAGAGAAUUACUUGGGAUCUCAACGUUUGGACUCUCCAUGUUCCUGCUAAAGUGGAUUCCCGUUGAAGCUGCAGAUGCUUUCCUCCUGUUUUGCGCGAGGCUGAUACUGGGAGAUACAGGAAAGUAUGGGAUAAAGCGUCCUAAGGUUGGGCCACUGGAGCUCAAGAGCACCACCGGCAAGACCCCAGUAUUGGACAUCGGCACUCUGGCCAAGAUUAAAAGCGGCCAAAUUAAGGUUGUCCCUGACGUGAAGCAGUUCACAGAUACAGGGGUCGACUUCGUGGAUGGUACGCAUGAGGACUUCGAUUCCAUCAUCUUAGCAACAGGCUACAGAAGCAGCGUCACUUCCUGGCUCAAGGAGGAGAAGGACGAGGAGUUCUUCAGUCAGAAGAAUGGCUUCCCGGGGACUUCGUUCCCUAAUAGCUGGAGAGGAAACAAUGGCCUGUAUGCCACUGGUUUCACCAGGAGAGGAUUGCUGGGAGCUGCCAUGGAUGCCCAGAAGAUAGCACAGGAUAUUUCCAACCACUGGAGCUGUAGAUCUUAGUUGUAACUCAAAGAUCACGUAGCCUUGUACUCCAUGUAUGAUAAUAUUUAUCACGUCCUUGGUUUGUUUC